GUGCCCGGGUCCCGCCGCCCCGCCGGCGGCGCGCAGGAACGGCGGUGCGCCCCCGCCCAGCCGGCGCGCGCGUGGUCUCCGCACCUCGGGUCCACGUGAUUUCCCGGCAGCGGCCUCCGGCUCCCGGCACUGCCCCGCAGCUCUCCGCGCUGGCUUUCAGUUUCGUGCGCAGCGCGCUGGGGAAGGAGCGCAGCCGCAGCCUGCCCUGUGGAAACAACCUGAAAAUCAGCUCAUAGCACAAGACUUGGCCCAGGUACUCAUGAGACCAUCUCUGCAGACACUCUCGAACGUCUAGGAUGAACCGGGAAGCCAAGGAUGGUUACCCUUAAAGAGCUUGAUGCUGUACCCCGAGGGGAUCGAACACUAACGGUAGAAAUAAAGGCGUUGUGUCAGACCGGCAGGAGGACACAUUUGAAGAUGAAAGGACUUCCACAGAAAUGAUACCGUCCAGGCGCACCUCACUUCCGCCUGACCCCUUGUUGUCCUGGCUGAUUUCUUCAUGGACAUCAUGGACUUUGAACACUGUAGCCCGGAAAAGAAGCUGCGUCCUAGGCCAUAACCACAUCCUCUUACCAAGAUCACACAAAGUCCGGGGACUUGUCUGGUGCCAUCUAGGGCUCCAAGGCCUCAGAAAUGUACUGACCUGACAGGUGAUAAAUCUCAAUUCUGAGCCUGGCUCUGCCAUGGACUUUCAGUAUGACUUUGGGUACAUCCUUUCCCCUCCUUGGCCUCAGUCUUCCCGUCUGUUCAGUGGGGAUGGUGAUCCCUGCCUGCCCCAUGGAUGUGAGCAUGUUUCAUGAAUUCUGAAGCUCUGUGUCUGAGAGAGGAUCUAUUGCCAUCAGUCCAGUUGCCAAGGGCCAGCUCCUCAUGGACCCCGUUAGCCUCCAGCUGGGCACCAAGAACCUGUGGAGCUUGCUCGUGAGGCUGCUCAGCAAAGACCCACAAUGGCUAAAUGCCAAGGUGAAGUUCUUCCUCCCCAAGAUGGACCUGAGCUCCAGGAGCAAGGCCGAGGAUGCCACGCAGGGUGUCAUGCUACAGCUCAACAGACUGUACACUCAAGGUCAGGCCACUUGGCAGGCGUUCAUCCACUGUGUGUGCAUGGAACUUGACGUGCCGCUGGACCUGGAGGUGCCGCUGCUGAGCACUUGGGGCCAUGGAGACGGGUUCCCCAGCCAGCUGGAAACUGGUGAAGAAAGCCAACCUGAAUCUCAGCUCCACCACGGUGAGAGCUGGGGUUGUGGAGCAGGAGGGGGUGGCCUCAAGCGGCCUCAUCAGAGCUGUGGGUCCUCACCCCGCCCGAAGCAGUGUAGGAAGCAGCAGCUAGGUGGGUACGAAGAGCUGGCCAAGAGGUACCUGCAGCUGCUGAGGAGUUCUGCCCAGCAGCGCUAUGGCAGCAGGACGCGCCGGCCAGGGCAACCCCUUGCCUUCCACCAGGCCUAUAUCCCGCCAAUCCUGCAGUGGAGCCGGGCCACAGCACCCUUCAACACUCAGGAGGGGGCCAUCCUGGGGGACCCCAAGGCAGAAGAUGGCACUGAGGCGAGCAUCCUGGACCUCUUCAACACCAAGGCCGACAAGGGUCCGAGGGUGACGGUGCUCCUGGGGAAGGCGGGCAUGGGCAAGACCACACUAGCCCACCGGCUCUGCCAGAAGUGGGCUGACGGCCAGCUGGACCGCUUCCAGGCCCUGUUCCUUUUUGAAUUCCGCCAGCUCAACCUGAUCACAGAGCUCCUGACGCUGCCCCAGCUUCUUUUUGAUCUGUACCUGAGCCCCGAGGCAGGCCCCGACUUGGUCUUCCAGUACCUGGAGGAGAAUGCUAAGGGAGUCCUGCUGAUCUUUGACGGACUGGACCAGGCCCUCCACCCCCAUUCCAGCAAGGACACUGCAGGUCCUGAGGCCCCAAGUCCAGCCCUUGCCCUCUUCUCCGGGCUCUGCAAAGGGACCCUCCUGCCUGGCUGCUGGGUAUUGGCCACCUCCCGUCCAGGGAAGCUGCCCGACUGUCUGCCCACGGAGGCAGCCAUGGUCCACAUGUGGGGCUUUGACAGGCCACGGGUGGAGGAGUACGUGGGCCACUUCUUCAGUAACCAGCCGUGGCAGGAGGCAGCCCUGGCAGAGCUGAGGGAAAACAGACAUCUCCAGAGCAUGUGCGCGGUGCCCGCAGUAUGCCAAGUCACCUGCCUCUGCCUCUACCAUCUGCUCCCAAGCAGCUCUCCAGGCCAAUCUGCGGCCCUUCUGCCCACCGUGACUCAGAACUAUGUGCAGCUGGUAUCUACCCUCGGCCCCCGUGGGCACCCGCUUCCUGAGUCCCUGCUGGGCCUCAGUGAGGUGGCCCUGAGGGGUCUGGAGACCGGGAAGGUUAUCUUCUCUGUAGGAGACAUCCCUCCCCCCAUGAUGGCCUUUGGGGCUGCCCUUGGCUUGUUGACCUCCUUCUGCAUCUGCACAGGCCCUGGGCACCAGGAGACUGGCUAUGCCUUCACCCACCUCAGCCUGCAGGAGUUUUUUGCCGCCUUGCACCUGAUGGCCAGCCCCGAGGUGGACAAAAAUGCACUUGCCCACUAUGUCACCCUCAGUUCUCGCUGGGUGCUGCGGACCAAAGCUAGACUGGGCCUCUUAGACCACCUCCCCACCUUCCUGGCUGGGCUGGCAUCCCGCGCCUGCUGUCCCUUCCUCAGCCACGUGGCACAGAGGGACGAGGUGUGGGUGGGUGCCAGGCAGGCUGAGGUGAUGCAGGCCUUGAGGAAGUUGGCCACCCGCAGGCUCACGGGACCGAAGGUUGUGGCACUCUGUCACUGCGUGGGUGAGACCCAGGAGCCUGAGCUGGCCAGCCUCAUGGCCCAAAGCCUCCCCUGUCACCUGUCCUUCCACAAUUUCCCACUGACCUAUGCUGACCUGGCUUCCCUGAACAACAUCCUGGGGCACAGGAAUGCCCCCAUCCAGCUGGAUUUUGAAGGCUGCCCCCUGGAGCCCCACUGCCCUGAGGCCCUGGCAGGCUGUAAGCAGGUAGAGAAUCUCAGCUUUAAGAGCAGGAAGUGUGGGGACGCCUUUGCAGAAGCCCUCUCCAGGAGCCUGCCGACAAUGGGGAGCCUGAAGAAGCUGGGGUUAGUGGGAAGUAAGAUCACUGCCCAAGGCAUCGGCCGCCUGGUGCAGGCUUUGCCCCUCUGUCCACAGCUGGAAGAGGUCAGUUUUCAGGACAACCAGCUCAAGGACGGGGUGUUGCUGAACAUUGUGGAGGUGCUUCUUUGUUUGCCGCGGCUCCAGAAGCUUGACCUGAGCCGCAACAGUGUCUCCAUGUCAACCUUACUCUGCUUGACAAAGGUAGCAAUCACAAGCCCUGCUGUCAGGAUGCUGCAGGUCAGGGAGGCGGACCUCAUCUUCCUUCUUUCCCCGCCCACGGAGACAGCUGCCGAACUUCAAGGGGCAUCAGACCUACAGGGAAAUGCCAGCCAGAGGAAAGAGGCUCAGAGCAGAAGCCUGGCACUCAGGCUUCAGCAGUGUCAGCUCAGGGUCCAUGAUGUGCAGGAACUCAUAGCCCAGCUCCAGGAAGGCCCCCACCUGGACAAAGUGGACCUCUCAGGGAACCAGCUGGACAAUGAAGGCUGUCGGCUGAUGGCAGAGGCUGCAGCCCAGCUGGACAUCACCAGGAAUCUGGACCUCAGCGACAACGGGCUGUCUGUGGAUGGGGUGUAUGGUGUCCUGAGCGCAGUGAGCAUGUGCCAGACCCUCGCAGAGUUACACAUCAGCCUGCUGCGCAAAACGGUGGUCCUCACGUUUGCCCUGGAGCAGGAGGAACAGGGAGGGAUCCAGGAGAGGGCUGCACUCCGUGACGGCCUUAUGCGGCAGAUGCCCUGUGAGCUGCCCCCGCACUCCACAAGGAUCAGGCUGACACACUGUGGCUUGCAAGCCAAGCACCUAGCACAGCUCUGCAGGGCACUGGGAGGAAGCUGUCGCCUCAGUCACCUUGACUUCUCAGGCAACGCUCUGGGGGACGAAGGCGCGGCCCAGCUGGCUCAGCUGCUCCCAGGGUUGGGCACUCUACAGUCCUUGAACCUCAGUGAGAACGGCUUGUCCCUGGAUUCGGUGUUCAUUUUGACCCAGUGCUUCUCAACUCUGCAGUGGCUUUUCCACCUGGAAGUCAACUCUGAGAGCCAGCACGUCGUCCUGAGAGGUGACAGAAGAGGCAGGGAUCAGUUGGCUGGUGGACCUUUGCCAGAGUUCCCAGCGGGAGCCCGGUUCUCCGCGUUUGAUCAGCGCUGCAUCCCCAGGAGCAUCUGCCUCCAGCAGUGUCUGCUGGAGCCCCUGAGCCUCACCCACCUCUGUGAGACUCUGGAGAAGUGCCCGGGGCCUCUGGAAGUCAAGUUGUCCUGUGAGGUCCUGAGUGACCAGAGCCUGGAGACCCUGCUGAACCACUUGCCCUGGCUCCCCCAGCUAAGCCUGCUGCAGCUGAGUGAGACAAGGCUGUCCCCAAGGAGCCCCCUCAUGCUGGCCGACCUCUUCAGCCUGUGCCCGCAGGUUCAGAAGGUGGAUCUCAGGUCCCUGUAUCACACAACCCUGCGCUUCAGGUCUAGCGAGGAGCAGAAAGGCGAGUACUGUGGCAGGUUCACGGACUGUGCCCUCAGUCGGGAGCAUAUGGAGCCACUGUGUUGGUUGCUGAGCAAAUGCGAGGACCUCAACCAGCUGGACCUCUCAGCAAACCUGCUGGGUGACGACGGGCUCCAGUGCCUACUGGAAUGUCUGCCUCAGUUGCCCAUCUCCGCUUCUCUUGAUCUGAGUCACAACAGCAUCUCCGUGGAAGGUGCUCUGUGCCUGGUGAAGACUCUCCCCUCCUGCCCACGCGUCCGGGAGGCCUCCGUGAACCUGGGCUCUGAGCAAAGCUUCUGGAUCCACUUCUCCCGACAGGAGGAGGCCGGGAAGACAUUACGGCUGAGCCAGUGCAGUUUCAGGCCAGAGCACGUGCCCAGGCUGGCCACCGGCCUGAACCAGGCCCUGAAGCCGACAGCGCUCACGCUAACCCAGUGCUGCCUGGGCCUGAAGCAGCUGACUGUUCUCCUGAGUCUGGUGAGGUGGCCCGUGGGAGUGUUCAAUCUCAGGGUGGAGGAACCAUGGGUAGGCAAAGCCGGGGUCCUCGCCCUGCUGGAAGUUUGCACCCAGGCCUCAGGCAACAUCACGGAAAUCAGCAUUGCCGAGGCCCAGCAGCAACUCUGUCUCCAGCUGGAGUUUCCCCGCCAGGAGAACCCAGAGGCCGUGGCCCUCAGGUUGGCUCAUUGUGACCUUGGGACCCACCACAAUCUUCUUGUCUGGCAGCUGAUGGAGACAUGUGCCAGGCUGCGGCAGCUCAGCUUGUCCCAGGUGAACCUCUGCGACACCAGCUCCCUGCUGCUGCAGAGCCUCCUGCGGUCCCUCUCUGAGCUGAAGACAUUCCGGCUGACCUGCAGCUGUGUGAGGUCCGAGGGCCUGGUGCACCUGACAUCGGGUCUGAGCCACUGCCUCCACCUGGAGGAGCUGGACUUGUCCAACAAUCAAUUUGGCGAGGAGGGCACCAGAGUGCUGAUGGGGGUCCUCGAGGGCAAGUGCUGGCUGAAGAGGCUGGACCUCAGCCAUCUCCCACUGGGAGGCUCCAUCCUGCCCAUGCUCACUCAAAGACUGAGACACAUGACCCUCCUGCAGAGCCUCCGCUUGAGCCACAACCAGAUUGGAGACACCGGUGCCCAGCUCUUAGCUGCCGUCCUACCGUGGCUGCCGGAGCUCAGGAAGAUAGACCUCUCAGGAAAUGGCAUUGGCCCAGCUGGGGGAGUGCAGUUGGCAGAAUCUCUCAGCCUUUGCAGGCAUUUGGAGGAGCUGAUGCUUGGCUGCAAUGCCCUGGGGGAUGCCACAGCCCUGGGGCUGGCCCAGGGACUGCCUCGACACCUGAGAAUCCUGCACCUGCCAUCUAGCCGUCUGGGCCCAGAGGGGGCGCUGAGCCUGAGCCAGGCCUUGGACGGAUGCCCAUAUGUGGAAGAGGUCAGCUUGGCAGAGAACAGUCUGGCCAGAGGGAUCCCACAAUUCUGUCAGGGGCUCCCACUGCUCAGGCGGAUAGACCUGGUUUCAUGUGAUAUUGACGACCACACUGCCAAGCCCCUCGCUGCCAGCCUGCUUCUCUGCCCGGCCCUGGAAGAAAUUCUGUUGUCCUGGAAUGUGCUCGGGGACGAGGCGGCUGCCGAGCUGGCCCGGGUCCUGCCGCAGAUGGGCCGGCUGAAGAGAAUGGACCUGGAGAAGAAUCGGAUCACAGCUUGUGGAGCCUGGCUCUUGGCUGAAGGGUUGGCGCAAGGGUCUGGCAUCCAAGUCAUUCGCCUCUGGAACAACCCCAUUCCCCCCGACACGGUGCGGCGUCUGCAGAGGCAGGAGCCCAGGCUGGACUUCGCUUUCUUUGACAAGCAGCCGAAAGCCCCUUGGGGUACUUGAUGGCCCCCUCAAGGUCCUUCGAAUACAGCCAAGUGAAGCCAGCUUCCACCCACCAGGACUGAGGGCUCAGGAAAAGAGCCGCAGCUGGGUGCCCCUGUAUGCUGCCCUAGGAGGGCGGGGCCUAUUUGUCUUGCUACAGUCUUCAAGAAGGGCCCAAAGCCUGGUGUGGCCAAUAGACUACCCUGCAUCACAUGUGAUAUUCAUGAGCAGUCGGGGACAUGUCGCACAAUGAGAGUGUCGUGAUGUGAUGGGUGACACAGGUCGCCCGUGGCAGAAUUCUAUGCAGCGUUACAUAGAGCUUGCGGUGUGGCCUCGGGGUCAGUGUCAUGGGUCCUAGCACCACACGUGGCAGGACAUAUGAUUUGUGGCUCAUAGAUGGCAUGUGCUAGCUGCUCAUAUUGUAGGAUAUGUGCUGGCAGGAUACCC